CGGUGGCGGCUCCGCCCGGGUUAUAUGAGGAGGUGGUGGCGGGGAGGAGGAGAAAGAGAAAGGUGCGGGGUGGUUGUCUGCGCCCGGAGGUAUGGCUCUGCUCCGUGGGGACGCGCAGGACAAGCUGAGGUCUGUAUCUGUAGACCUGAAUGUUGAUCCUUCUCUCCAAAUUGAUAUUCCUGAUGCCCUAAGUGAGAAGGACAGAGUGAAGUUCACUGUGCACACUAAGACUACACUGCCAGCUUUUCAAAGUCCUGAGUUUUCAGUUACAAGGCAGCACGAAGACUUUGUGUGGUUACAUGAUACACUCACUGAAACUGAAGAGUAUGCAGGACUCAUUAUACCUCCAGCACCUUCAAAGCCUGACUUUGAUGGUCCCAGAGAGAAAAUGCAAAAGCUGGGGGAAGGAGAAGUGUCCAUGACAAAAGAAGAGUUUGCCAAAAUGAAGCAAGAGCUGGAAGCUGAAUACCUCGCUGUCUUCAAGAAGACUGUCUCAUCACAUGAGAUCUUCCUGCAGCGGAUUGCUUCUCAUCCUGUGCUCAGCAAAGACCGCAAUUUCCACGUUUUCCUGGAGUAUGACCAGGACCUGAGUGUUCGGAGGAAAAACACUAAAGAGAUGUUUGGUGGCUUUUUAAAAAGUGUAGUAAAGAGUGCUGAUGAGGUCCUCUUCUCUGGAGUCAAGGAAGUAGAAGAUUUUUUUGAGCAAGAGAAGACUUUUCUUGUGAACUACUACAACAGAAUCAAGGAUGCAUGUGCAAAAGCAGAUAAGAUGACAAGAUCUCAUAAAAAUGUUGCAGACGACUAUAUUUAUACUUCAGCUUGUUUGAAUAGCCUGGCAUUAGAAGAGCCUACAGUUAUCAAAAAGUACUUGUUGAAAGUUGCAGAGCUCUUUGAGAAACUCAGGAAGGUAGAGAGUAGAGUUUCGUCUGAUGAAGACUUAAAGCUCUCUGAACUGUUGAGAUACUACAUGCUUAAUAUAGAAGCUGCUAAGGAUCUUCUGUACAGACGAACCAGGGCUCUUGUUGACUAUGAGAACUCAAACAAAGCUCUAGACAAAGCUAGACUAAAGAGCAAGGACGUCAGGCUGGCUGAGGCACAUCAACAGGAUUGCUGUCAGAAGUUUGAAAAGAUUUCAGAAUCUGCCAAACAAGAACUGAUGAGCUUCAAACAGAAGAGAAUAGCAGCAUUCCGCAAAAACUUAAUUGAAAUGGCAGAACUGGAAAUAAAACAUGCAAAGAACAAUGUGUCUCUCCUGCAGAGCUGUAUUGACUUGUUCAAGAACUGAGGAGUCUUACUCUGAAAAUGUGACAAAAGCAUCAAUUGCA